CACGAUGAGCUUUGUGAUAUAAAUAGUGUCGUUUUUGGCAACACAAAUUUAUGAUUGCAUAGUAUCGUGAUAGUAGUAAUCGAAAACAAAAAUGACUGAACGUAAAGCAGUAAUCAAAAGUAGUGAUAUGCUUGAGCAUAUGCAACAAGAAGCUGUUGAUUUGGCAACAGAAGCUUAUGAAAAAUACACCAUUGAAAAAGAUAUUGCAGCUUAUAUAAAGAAAGAAUUCGAUAAAAAAUUCAAUCCUACAUGGCAUUGUAUUGUUGGAAGAAAUUUUGGAAGUUAUGUAACACAUGAGACGUCACAUUUUAUCUACUUUUAUAUGGGAAACGCAGCGAUUCUUCUCUUCAAAUCUGGUUAGUUAAUUCAAUGCACAGAACAGAGAUCAAGUUCAAGAUUAAU